AUGGAUUAAGGUGUUGUAGUAGAAUUUGAUGAACCAAAUAAAUUGUUAGUAAAAUAAAUAUGUGACUUAGAAAUAACGCCAAAAUAAUUUUUUACAUAAAUGGUUUAAACAUACGAAUUGAAAACUCUCAUGCAAUACUAAAGCUAGGAUAACAAAGAUACAUCUCUAGCAAACUCUAAAUGUGUAUCUAUUUGUAGUGAAACUAGUGUAAUAAAUUAAAAAUAAAAUAUAUGUAGCAAAUCUUACGAAUGCUCGACAUAGUAUACCUCAAUAUCAUCUAUGAGCAAAGGUUAAGUGAUUAAAUCUAUAUACGCUUCAAAUAUUACAGAUGAUAUAUUUUUUGUUUAUAACAAUUUUAUUAAUGCAAUAAAUAGUAAAAAUGGAGCAUUUAUAAGAUAAUACACAUUUGACAGCUCAAUCAUCACUACCUAUUAAUUUAGGGAUAGUAUUUUUCUAUUUGGAAAUAAUAAAAAUUCUAUUUUUAAAUGGAAUCCUAGAGAUAAUAUUAUCUAAAAGGUACUAGAAAUAGGAAAAGGAACUUUAAAAACUUCAAGCUAAAUAAUGGAAGUUGAAAAUAAUAGUAAUAUUUUAUUAGUAACUUCAAUCGAUAAUAAUAUUAUCAGAUAAUGGUUUAUAAAAUAGUCAGAAUUUAUUCUAUUUCUAGUGAUGGACUUUAAUGCAAUUAGCUGUUCAGAGAUUUGGCUCCAUUCAAAAUUUUAUAAAUAGCAAUAAAUAUUAACAAUAUAAUAUUUCUAAGCUUUAAUCUUUAACGGAUAACCAAAUUAAAAUUAAUUGUCUAUUUUGAUGUUAAAUAGUAAUAGUUAAGUCACACAUUUUGUUUAUAUAUUAAAUCUCUCAAAUAAUGGUUUAGAAUUCAAGCUUUAAAAAUCUUAAUAAAUUCCUUCGUAUAUUUUAAACCCUUAACAAUUGUUAGUAGCUAAUGGUAUAGUUGAUUCUCAAGGAUAAUCAAAAAAUCUUAAUUUAGUUUUUCUUACAUACUAGAAUUCAUAAAUAAUAAAUAUUACUGAUAGUUCUCUAGCAGGAGUAGUAAUUGAUUUUUAAGCAAAAUUAUUCUAGAAUUAGUAAAAAGUAAACAAAAUAGUCUACUUUAAAACUCCUCAACUAAUAGUCAGCUGUGGAAGUGAUGGUAAAGUAAUUGUUUGGCAAGCAGUUGAUCUUUAGCAACCUGUUUUUUUUUAUCAGCUAAGUAAAUCAGGACAAUAAUGCAUUGAUUUUUAAAUAUUUUAGGUAGAUUCUUUAAUUGUUUAGUAUUAAAAUGAAGUUAACAUAUUUAAUAUCUUUAAUCCACUUGACUCUUAUAGCUAUCCUAUACUCAAUUCUGCUUAUACUAAAAUACAAGUCUUACAAGAUCACCUUUUUAUCCUCAAUGGAAACACCAUUUUUAUCUUCAAAUAAAAAGAAUUAAUUUAUUAUAAAGAUUAGAUCCCAAUCAUAUUUUAAUUGAAUCCAAAUGUUUCAAUUUAUUAAUCUACCAAUAAAAUACUAAAGUCUUUUAUGUUAACUUCAUUUGAUUCAUUAAUAGGUAAUUUAUUGUUAAUAAAUGAUUCUAAUAAUAAUAUCAUUGUCUUAGAUAUGAAAUUCUAACAAAAGAUUAUCAAAUCAAAUUAAAUAGGAUAUAUCCUAAAAGUAUAUUAGUAUGAUGAUAACAAACUAUUUUUAAUAGUCUAAGUUUUAAAUCCAAAUAAUUACAACUAAUUUUAGUAUGGAUUUGCAUACUAUGAUCUUAGUACAAAUGAAUUAUUAUAUAUAGCUUCUAAUUCCCUACCAAUAGAUAUUACAUAAAUUUAUUAAGAUGUACUCUAAGAUGGCUCUUAUUAAUAUUAAAUUUUAUUAGUUAAUUCAUUAGGGUAUACCAGUUAUUCAGUUUAUAUGAUUUGGAAUAAAAAUAAAAAUAUAGUAACUUAUGAACAGUUAUAUUAUACUCCUGGUCAAAAUUAAGUUGCUUGCCAAGGAGAUUUGUCAGAAAAUUAUAUAGUCGUAGGAUCAUAAAUUGGAGAAGUUAGAGUUUUACAACUUGAAUCUAAAUUGGGUCCAUAAAAGGUAUACUAAUCAUUUUUACUAAGUGAUAAUGUUCAAAGUGUUUAUUAAAGCUUUAAAAUUGGACUUUAUUUUAUUAUAACCAAUUAUUAAAUAAAAUGUUUUAGUAUUCAUACUGAUUAAUUGAUAGAAAUAAUAUCAUUUUAAACAAUAAAAACUCCACCUGAUUCUCCUUGUGUAAAAAAUAUAACUAUUGCAGAGAACUUACAAAUUCUUAUUGCUUAUACAACUAAUGAGUUAGUUUUGAAAAACUUUUCUUCUGGACAAUUUUCCUCAAUUUUGUUAAAUAUGAAUAAUUAAAUUUACCUAAGUUUUGUUAAUGGAGUAUAUAUCGAUGAAAAUUAUAAAGAAAUAUAUAUUUAUGGAGACUUUUUAGUAAAAACAGAUUUGUUACUUUAAAAUUCUAUAAAAAUUGAUUCCCAAAAUGCAAAUGGAUCUAUAAACUAAUGUGUUUUUACAUCUAAUUCAGUAUUUUGCUCAAAAAACCAUAUGUUUAUUCUUAUUUAUCAAAGAAAUAAUAAUUUAUUUUUAUUUUCUACUAUAACUGUUUCUGCUGAGUUUAUUGGAUUUCAGUUAAUGAUUGAUUUAGAUUACUAAAAUAUAAUUGUGUUUACAUAAUUGAGAAGGUAUAACAGAAAAGAUAGAAUAUCAGAUAUUCAUCUCCUUAGUAGUAAUAUUAUUAUUGUUGUUUUUACAACAAGAAUUGAAUCAGCAUACAUAGACAUAUCAUAAAAUGUAAUAAAUUCUAUUGAAAGUGUGUAACUAACUGAUCCAAAGAUAGCACUUAUUGAACUUUUAAUUAGUUAACAGUUUAUUCAUUUAAUAGGAGUAUCAUAAAAUAGUAUUUUUGAAAAAUAUUUAAGCUUUGGAAUAUUUUCUUCAUUAAAUUCUUCUGUGAAUACUUAAUAGUGUAUUUCUUCCUUAACAAUAACAGAGGAUAGCAAUACAUUUAAUCAGUUAGAUAUUAUUUUGAAUUAAAGUGCUAGUAAUAUGAAAUACAAGCUAUCAGUUCUGGUUGGAGAAGAGCUUAAACAAUUAGAUUUCUUGAAUAAUAUAAAUAUUUAGGUAAUUUUAAGGCCGAAAAAUACUACUAAUAAUAAUCUUACUAUUAAUUCUAGUACAUUUUAAUAUUAUCCUAUUGAUAUUUACAUGGAUAAUUUUAAUUUUGUCUUCAAUCAGUAAAAUAUCCAGAUAGGUUUUAACUAAAAUACAAAUGUAACAACUCUCCAAAAUAUAAGUAUUGUGAACUAGACAAUUUCAGGAAAUACUUCUUUAGUAUUUGAAAAUAAACAAACUGUAAUUAUUCAAAACCUAAAAAUAUAAAAUGUUAAUUUUACAGGUUAUAAAAAUAAUUUAACUUAAAAUCAAAUAAAUCCAGCUUUUAUCAUAAUUAGAAACUGUAAUUAUGUUCUCAUAUAAAAUUUGACUUUAGAUAAAUGCCAUUUAAUGAGUAAUUACUCAUAAUUUAUGCAAGUGCUAAAUAGUAGCAUCGUUAUACAAUACAAUUUUAGUAUUUUCAAUAGCUAAAUAGAUGGUAAUUUGUUUUUACUAUAGUAAAACCAAAAUGUAACUUUUUAAUCUACUAAAAUUGAAAAAUGUACAAAAUCAGUUCAAAAUCCAAAUCAAAUAAAUUUAGGGAAUGUAGAUUAAAGCACUUAAAAUACUUAAACAAAUUUCUAUUUAUUUAAUUUUAUGGGAAUUAUGAAUUUGCUAAUUUAGGAUUAUAUAGCUCAAGAUAACAUAGAAUUAUUGUAAAUUUAUACAAGUAGAUAAUUUGAAUAGUCUUCUGGAAUACUAUCUUUAAAUUAAGAUAAUAUUAAUAUUAAAAAUUUGACUCUUAUCAAUAAUAUUUUUCCUACUUCUUUUAAUGAGAAUCAGCAGAUUUAUUUAAUUAACAUUUAAAAUUCCUUUGUUUUUAUAGAUUAAAUUUAAUCCCAUAUCAAUCAAGGAAAUUGCUUUAUUUCAUCAUCUAUUACUGUUAGAAUCUCUAAUAGCUUAUUUACCUAAAACAAAGGUGCUUUAGGGGGAUCUCUUUAUUUUUCUGAUAUCAUGUAAUAUGUUUAAAUAUUCAAUUCAAGCUUUAUAAAUAAUACAGCUUCCUGUUCAGGUGGUGCUAUCAUGGUUUUUAAUGUAAACAACUUUGAAAUAGACUACGAAUCUUUAUUAAGUAAUAAUUAAGCUUAAAUUGGGGGUGGUUUAAGAAUUAUAUCAUCAAGCUUGAAAACUAAUUAAUAAUAAUAAAAGACUGAAGUAAUCAAUUGCCAUUUCUAAAAUAAUCAAGGAUAUAUUUAUGGAAACAAUGUAGGGAGAUAUCCUUCUUAAUUAUAAAUAUAUUUAUAAAAUUCACAAGAAUAAACUAUGUUAUUGGGAGAGUAAGAUAUAUAAAAUUAUUAAACAGCUAAUACAGUUCUAAUAUCUGAACUACAAAGUGGAGGAAAUGUUAUACUAAAUAUAAAACUAUUAGAUAGUGAAAAUAAGAUUUUUUCAAUUAAUGUUGACAGAUAUAUAACUAAUAAUUAUCCCAAGUUCAUUUAAGAUGAACUUUCUCAAUAUCUUAUUGAAAUUAGUUAAUCUACAUAGAAUUAGUAUUUAUAGUCACAAAACAAUUAAAUUGCUUAAAUUAAAGGUCAAUCAUUAAUUUCAGCUAAAUAGUUUAAUCAAACAACUGGGGCUUUCAGCUUUUAGACGUUGUCUCUUUCUUAUAUUCCUCUUUAAUCAACAGAUAGUUUAUCAUUAAAGCUAAUUAUUAGCAAUUAAUAUCAAUCUAUGUUGAUACCUUUAAAUUUAUAAUUUAGAUAAUGUAUAAGAGGUGAGAUUCCAAUAAAAUAAUUUAGCUUUAUAGUUAUUUGUUAAGAGUGCUUACCUGGAACAUAUUCCUUAUUAAUUCCAGAUUAAAAUUCAUCUAAUACAGAUACUUAGGAUUAUGAGUGUAAAAAAUGUCCUGAAUUUUCAGUCAGUUGUUCUUAGGAUUAAAUUAUUCUUGAAGCAGGAUACUGGAGAAUAAAUCAAUAAAGUGAUUAAAUUAUAGCUUGUAAUUAAUAAUAUCCAGAUAUAUGUAAUGAGGCAGAUUAAUCAAGUAAAUUUGGAUGUAUUUAAGGAUAUAUGGGACCUUUAUGUGAGACUUGUGAUUAUCUUGGCACUGUAUGGAAAGAAAGCUAUCAGACAGAAAUACCAUUAAACUUUUAAAACAUAAGUUAGCUAGACAAUUUUAGUGUACAUCCAAACAUAAAAUUUGAAGAUACACCUCAAAACUUUUCUAAGUCUAAAUUUUAUUUCAAAUAAAAUAAAGAAAGAGAAACUCUUUGGAAUAAUAAUUUUUUAAAAGAUAGUGACAAAAAUAUACUUGAAGAAAAUACAAAGGUUUCUUAAACUGGUUAUUAAAAAAAAAAUUUAUUUAGUUUAGCUACUUCUAGCAGUAUAUAAAAUAAUAAUAGUAUCUCUCCUUUUAAAAUCAGUAAAGCUUAGCCUAUUGUUAAUUAAGAAAUAUUUUUUGCCUAAAACUAGAAUUAAAUUGAACAGUCUUAAAGCUCUGAUAUUACUGAUGAUAUUUUUUAAUUUGAAGAAAAUAGGCCUGUUUAAGUAGUAAAUAAUACAAUGGCUUUUGAAAUUAACAAACUGAAUAUUAAAAAUAUAGUAAAUUCUGAUUUAGAUAAAUGA